UUUUCCUAAAAAGGAAUAUGCACCCGAGCGUGAGUCCGAAUGUAUCGAGACCCGCCGACCUUUAAGCUGCAACAAGGUACUUUAAUUGCUUCCUAAUUUCCUUCUCAUUCCUUUGUCUCUGCGCUAAUUUAAACAUUUAAUUCAAUUUAAGAGAUAACAAAUAAACCGCCAGGAGUAUAAUGAUGAUUAAGUUUGUGGAAGAUUUCGACAAGUUCCUGGUCAAGGCUAUCGACGAUCUUAAUGACAUGUUUGUCGUGUUUGACUACAACUUGGUAUCGAUCGAAUUCCUGAGCCGUGUCUUGUCUUCUCUCCGGUCGUUUCACGGCGAGUUCACGUGCCUGCUGCCCAAACUCCGGCUGCCGGCGAGAGACAAAUGGCUGGAAGCGUACAUGGACGAGAGCUCCCGGCUGUGGGAAGCCGCCCGUUUGCUCAAAAAGGCCGUUUCGAAUUUCGAGGACGGCGAAACUCUUGGCGAUGAUUUAGUUUCUUCCCUGCUUCUUCGUCAUCCUGUUUUAGACCCAGAACGUUCGCUCCAGAUCAAGAGGAACAUAUUUGACUACAAGUGGACACUAGAUGUAAUCGAAAACGGGAACGAGAUGUGGAUAAGGACGAACCUGAAGAAACUGUCGUUGAGAUUUACCAUAAACGUGAGGGGAAGAUCAAAAUGUAAUGGCUUUUAUGAGAUCCUCCAUUACAUGAAGAACGCCACCUCUUUGCUGUUGCGAAUAUUGGUCACCGGCUUAGUCUAUUCCUGCCCCAAAACCAUUAGAUUGCUCCGCUGCUUAGACAGCGAAGCCGACCCGAGGCCGAGGGGGCUUAUCGGCCCGUCUUUCAUGGUUUCUGCAACAAGAUUGAGGGAGAGGGUGGCACAGGACAUAAUGGGGCUAUCUGGAAUUGCCGUUCUUGAGUUCCAGCAGCUGAGAAUGGCGGUGGAAAAGGUUGAAAGAGAAGUGGAGAUGGACACGGAUUCUGAAGUGAUCAAAGUUGAUGAAGACAAGGUUGAGAGGUUGAGAGAUUGCUUUGUGACGUUGAAAUGUGGGGUUGAAAGCAUAGUUGAGCAACUGGAUGACUUGUUUGAUGAGAUUAUACAAGGGAGAAAGAUGAUUAUGGACUUGUGCACUCGUGAGGAGGAUUUAGAAGAAGAAGAAUGAGAAAUUAUGGGGGUGUUUGGAUCUGAUUCUCAAAACUAAUCCUGCUGGAGUGUUUGGGUGAAAUUCCAGAAACACUUCUAAUGCUCUAAAUUACUCCCAGAAUCAGUUUUUUAGAAGUUGGGGGGUACCAACUUCUGAAAACUGAUUCUGAUUCUGCUUCUGCUUUAAAAAAGAAGCAGAAGCAGAAUCAGUUUCAAACUUCUGCUUUAAAAAAGAAGCAGAAGCAGUUCCAAACACCCCUAUAUAGGUCAAAUGAUAGGUAGAUACAAUUAUAUCAUACCAAAUCUAGCUCGUCAAAUAUUAACAAAACACAUUCUUUUAAACAAGAUUGUAAUUCUUUUUCCUCAAAACUAUAAUCAUUUUGUUGUGGGAAGUUUA